UGCUAACCAAAGCUGCAGGCAGACGUGGUGCUUUGGGAAAGCGUCCCGAAAGCUGGCAGGGAUUGCUGCAGGCAGAGCAGAGCUUUGCAAGGAGCUGGAGGUGGGAGUGGGGGAGUGGGGCAGCUCGGAUCCCUCCUGCUUUGCCCCGAUCUGUCGCUUGGUGCUGGGCCAACUGCUGCCUGUGUGGGCUCCUGCUGGUGGAAAACAGGAACCGCUGCUUGCUGGAUGGGAUCCUGGCUGUUCUGCUGUGAGGAUGGGGUUGUUCAGCAGCUAUAAACACAGCCCUGGCAUCCAAACGAAGGCGUGAAGCUCUUUGGUUUCCCUGUCUUGUGUGGGGGAAUGUGGCCCGGCUUAGUUUCAUUUUAGGCUUUCUGUCUCUUGGUUCCUUGGCACCAUAGGAACAGGCUGGAAAAUAGAACGUGUGGUAGAGCUGCUUGGUUGCAGGUCCUGCUUGGAGCCCAUCACUGGUUCUGGCAUCGGUGAUGAGCAAUGGGGUAUGAUGUAGCACGCUUUCAGGGGGAUGUUGAUGAAGACCUUAUAUGCCCCAUCUGCAGCGGGGUCCUGGAGGAGCCGGUCCAGGCUCCUCACUGUGAGCACGCCUUCUGCAAUGCCUGCAUCACCCAGUGGUUCUCCCAGCAGCAGACCUGCCCCGUGGACCGCAGCGUGGUGACGGUUGCCCACCUCCGCCCCGUGCCGCGCAUUAUGCGCAAUAUGCUCUCCAAGCUGCAGAUCACCUGUGACAAUGCUGUGUUUGGCUGCACGGCUGUAGUGCGACUGGACAACCUGAUGUCUCACCUCAACGACUGCGAGCACAACCCCAAGCGCCCCGUGACCUGCGAGCAGGGAUGCGGCUUGGAAAUGCCCAAAGACGAGCUGCCAAACCACAACUGCAUCAAGCAUUUAAGAUCCGUGGUGCAGCAGCAGCAGACCAGAAUUGCUGAGCUGGAGAAGACCUCAGCAGAACACAAGCAUCAGCUGGCAGAGCAGAAACGCGACAUUCAGCUGCUGAAGGCCUACAUGCGUGCUAUCCGCAGCGUCAACCCCAACCUGCAGAACCUGGAGGAGACCAUCGAGUACAACGAGAUCCUGGAGUGGGUGAACUCCCUGCAGCCCGCCCGUGUGACGCGGUGGGGCGGGAUGAUCUCCACUCCGGACGCCGUGCUGCAGGCCGUCAUCAAACGCUCGCUGGUGGAGAGCGGCUGCCCCACGUCCAUCAUCAACGAGCUGAUUGAGAACGCCCACGAGCGGAACUGGCCGCAGGGCCUGGCGACGCUGGAGACUCGUCAGAUGAACCGGCGUUACUACGAGAACUACGUGGCCAAACGCAUCCCCGGCAAGCAGGCCGUGGUGGUGAUGGCCUGCGAGAACCAGCACAUGGGGGAGGACAUGGUGCUGGAGCCGGGGCUGGUGAUGAUCUUUGCACACGGAGUGGAGGAAAUAUAAAGGACGUUGGAAGAGCGAUGCUUUGUGCCGAGGAGGGGGACGGGGCCGAGGCCCAGGGUGGAUGCUCCCCGCGGCCGGGCUCUGCUCACAGCUCUGCUGGGUGCUGCUCCCUCGCACCUCCUGGCUGAAACGAUUCCACGCCCCCCCCAUAACCGCUGCCUCCACCCCAGCCCACCCCCGUUUGCCCUCUGCAGCUCCGUUUUCCCACUUGGUGUCUUCAGGGGGGCAGAGGAGCUCCAGCUGCUCCCCAGGUACUGCUGGGCUUCCAGCCCCAUGGACUUCCAGCCCUAAGCUGCUCCCCCCGGCUCACGCUGUGCCUGCGGCCCCCGGCUGCCCCCCUCCCUGUGCUCCGUGUUUUCUGCCCUGUGCUUGGCUGUGUCUGUCCCUGGGGGCCGGCCUGGCCUCUCUUUCCCCAUUGACCCUAAAGGCAGAGCCGGGCACCCGUGGGCAGGGGGAGCCGCAGGGGAGGUGGGGAGCGGGUGGGGGUCUGGCAAUGGCCGGGGGGGACGACGCUGUGCCCCCUCUGCCCCCCUGCUGCUCCUCUGCAGCCACUCGUGAUCGUGGUUCUGUAUGAUUUUGUACUUCUCGGCCUUCUGCCCUGUCUCCCCCCCGUUUUAUUUCGCAGUGCCGCGGUUGGGUGCGUUGACCCCGGUCACGGUCACCCUGUGGGAAUUUAAUUUAUUUGCAUUC